AUGUACAUUACUACUAAUCUUCUUCUUUCAUUCUUGUUGGCAUUACCGAUCGCUAGUAUUGAAUUGAGGAGUGGUGACGAGGAAAAUUUCAAUGAACAUCUGCCGUCCAGCCGUGGUCUGAUCGACUGCUUUGUCUGGUAUUCUUUACAAGGUGAUCCUAGUGCACUCUUAGCUAAGACAGCGAAGCCGCCAUGUCGUGUACCAACAUCAUUUCCUAGGACGUUAUCCGGUGGAUGGUCGGUAGAUACUGCCUGUGAUGCUGCGAAGCAACCAAAUACCUGCUCAUUGCAUACCGGUGCUUACUGCUGUUAUCGAAACGCAUUAAAAAGUACGGGACCUGGAGCACAAGCAUGUUAUGAUGAGUUCGGUCAAUGGAUUUCAGAUCCGUGGCUCGGUGCCGGUACAAUUGAUAAAGAAACUCCACUGGGUUCUAUCAUUCAACAAGGAAAACACGUUUUUGCCGACGUUCUUCCAUAUUAUAGUUGCUGCAAGACCCUCUUUGCAUCACAACCCGAAACUUGCAACCGCUAUUACGAGAAACGACCUCCGGGACAAUGUGAGGAUAAACCCGUGGUUUAG